CUAGCCCGAUAGGUGAAAGUUCAUAAGACGACGAGAUAUAGUCUAGUGCAGUGGUACUUGGUACGCACAGCCAUUUACAUGUACCAAACAACACGAACCGUGCUGUGAAUAGCAGGUACCUUGAAGUGAUUUUGUGAAGAUUCUGGCAACAUGGACGGUGCAAAACACAGCGCACACUCAGGGGAGAGGGCAGGGUUGCAGACACGAGAGAGAAAUGAACCCGAAGGAAUGUCAUGCUGUACAUGGGUUCUCUGGUUUUUCUCCAUACUGUUCAUCGCAUGUACAUUUCCAAUUACUAUCUGGUUUUGCUUCAAGACCGUCGCCGAGUAUGAGCGAGCCAUCCUGUUCCGAGUUGGUCGUCUCUUGCCUGGAGGGCCCAAGGGACCUGGCCUGUUCUUCAUCAUCCCCUGCAUCGAUGAGAUUCGCGUGGUGGAUCUCAGGACUCUGUCCUUUGAUGUGCCACCCCAGGAGAUCCUGUCCAAAGACAGCGUGACGGUCACCGUGGACGCGGUGGUCUACUUUCGCGUGCAAGACCCCACCAUGGCGGUCAUCAACGUGGAGAACUACAAGCGGUCCACCGAGCUGCUUGCUGCCACCACCCUGCGUAACGUCCUGGGCACCAAGACCCUGGCUGAGGUGCUGAGCCACAGGGAGGAGAUCAGCAACACCUUGCAGUCUCUGUUAGACGAGGCCACCGACCCCUGGGGGGUCAAGGUGGAGAGGGUCGAGAUUAAGGACGUGCGUCUCCCACGCCAGAUGCAGCGUGCCAUGGCCGCCGAGGCUGAAGCCUCCAGGGAGGCCCGCGCCAAGGUGAUCGCAGCCGAGGGUGAGCAGAAUGCCUCCCGCGCCCUGAAGGAGGCGGCAGACAUCAUCGCCGAGUCGCCCAACGCCCUCCAGCUCCGCUACCUGCAGACCCUGAACUCCAUCUCGGCCGAGAAGAACUCCACCAUCAUCUUCCCGCUCCCCGUUGACCUGCUGACCGGCUUCAUGAACAAGAAAUAGCCAGCCACUCCUCACCUAGGGUGCAGUGGUGGAGACGUCGCCCACCCAGGUUUCAGUUCAACCCUGGAGAAAGAUUCACCAGGGAUAAACGUUUCGUAGAGCACUUUCUUUUUGUCUGUCAGCUUUUGCAUUAAUUAAGAGUGUGUGUAUUUCAGUAGUUGAAAUUAUGAACUGGUUAUUUAGAGAUGAGUGGAGGGAAUUCUGCAGUUUAAACAAACAUUUCUUUUGCACUGUCCUAUCAGUAAUGAGGUUUAAAUCAUAGAUUUGUUGUAGAAUGAAAACAUUGUAUUGACAGUCAGAAUUACUUGCACCCAGCUCGUUCAAAGUGUUCAGACAUUGUUUGAGUCUGAUUUUUACUAAUUGUUUUCAGAAACUGGUGCCAACAUUUUUCUAGGAAGAGGUAAGCUACGUAAGUAGAAGAUUCCUCUUCAUGACCCUAUCGGUGCCUUGUGCCUCCUCUCGAAUCUCCCUAAAGUUUGAUUGAAACCAUUUUUGUAAGUGGUUAGGUAUCUUCUACUAUCACAGGUUUUACUCGUAUUACCUCCAAAUAUGCAAGCACAGUUAUAAAUAAGCCCAGGUCUAUUAUAGCCUAACCUCAUCAUGAAGUUUGUCUUUGACGUUUACUCUUGGCCAAGCAGUGUUUGUAGGAUAAAAACCCAUUUUUUUGUUUAGCAGCAUUGUGGGGCUUGCUGUACGAGACGUCAGGUCGAGUCCUAGAACAGCACCCAUACAUACUCCUGCUACUUGAGAUACAUGACCCCCCCACCCUCCAUCUGGUGCUACAGCCUGGUUCAGGAUGUGCAGUUUGUAGUUAGCGUGUGUGUGGAGCUGUUGAACCAGUAGGCAGUGUGUAGGUUAUACAAUUGACAAGCACACUUAACACUACAGAAUUGAACACAACACAAUGCCAAGUAACAAACGGAACACAACAGAACAAGACAACACAACAGAAUUAAACACAACAAAACACAACAUGCAAACAAUGAACACACAUCAAGCAACAUUUUAUUGUUAACAGGUACAUGUAUAUCAAGUACCAAGAGACACUCCAACCCAAGGUGUCACAUAGACCCACCAAGGUUUCUGUGGUAUACAUGUAUACUCCAUGGUUUCACUGCAGUGUUACGAUUAGACUAAGCGUUUUGUGGACUCUGUGCACCAACUGUACAAAAGGCAAGAAAGAACUCACAGAGUCAAGAAAGAGCACAGGAGGUAUGUGCACUCAUUCACAUGCACAUAUAGUCGGAUGCACGCCGAGCUUUUGUUUUUCAACUGAACGUGCACAAAGGUGGGUAACAUUGGGCAUUACUACCACUGACUGUGAAGUUGUGAACAGAGUUCACAAGGCUGAUGGGCUUCCAUAGAUCCUGGUAGGUUUUUAGCUAGAGAUGAGUAUUUUUGUACACACCUGUACGCAUGAAUUAUUCUUUUUCAUGGUACGUAGGUUCUUUGCCAGGGUAGAAGUGCUACAAUUUGAAGGCACUUGUAUAAUUUCCAGUACUUUGCCUCUCACUUGGCUUAUUUUUCACGGUGUCAAGGGCAUUGUUGUCAUCAUCUUUCUCUGUAUCCACCUGCCCGACAUUUAAUCACCCAGGUAUUAAGGUUGAAAGCAGGAUGCCACCUCCAGCUGGCGGCUCCAGGGAGGUGGGGAUAGGCAGUGACCCACUCAGUGUUCGGAUCUUCUUAUUGGCCGACAAUUUGUGCACUGCCACAUGUUCAGCCUGCUUCGUGGAGCCUCUUGGAAGUGUUUUGCUGUUCUGAUUCUCCAAGAGUGAGGUCAUGUCACGCCAUAGUUGAAGUCAGUGAAGAGCAUAUAUCACUGAUCUUGAUUCCAAGGUCUUGUUGGUAGUGUCUUAGGAUCCAGUCCACUGGACAGCAGAGUAAGACCAAGAUGAUGAUGCAUCCCUGACGGACUUCUGAGGCAGUGAGAAAGACCCAUUUGCUGUAUCCUGGAGCACAGAUCCCGAGGGUAGUACAUCCUCAGUAGAACAGAGUAUGGGACCCCAAUUGCUCACUGUCAAAAGAGUCAAAAACUGCUUUGAAGUCGAUGUAGAUGAAGUUAAGUCGUCUCUUCAACUCACAAUAAAGUUCGAACAGGCAUAGAGACUAGAGUGUCCUUUAUAAUUGUUAAUGGAUACAAUGCACCUGUACCAUAUUUGUACAAGGACUACUAUGUCGGUCAUUCUCUUUGUAAUCAUUUGUACGUUUGUGCACUUGUUAAUGUCCCAUGUCACUACAUCAUGCGGCGUUACUGACCUCAUAAAGUGAGCUACAAAAGAGCAAUGCAGAAUAUUAGCCAAUGGCUGUUCAAGCAGAAGGAUAUAUAUAUAUAUAUUUAUUUAUUUUUUUUCAUUUCUACAUUUUUACCGCUACAAUUUUUUUUUCUGUAUUCACUUGUUUUCAGAAGUUGUAGACUAACUUUCAGUAUUACCGGAACACAGUGUAUUACUUUUCAGGUAAGGCCAGGCAGUUCUUAAUCCUUUUGUUUCAUUGUGAUUUCAUUUUGAAGAGCAGCGCACGUUUCAGUGUCAGCGGGCCUUAACAACUACGACUUGUCUUUAUGCAUCAAUUUGUAUUAAUACAGUCAGAUAAAGAUAGCAGGAAUUGAAAAAUUCUGGUGUUAGCUAGUAGUCACAGGUUAGUUAUAAAUUACUGUCUUAUGUGAAAUCGAUGUCGUAUAAGAAAAUCACUUGAUUAGCUGCAUGGACAUCCCUAAGAUCCCUUUUGUAAUGUACUGUACGUGUAUUUGGUACAGUGUCGUAGUCGAAUCCAUGACAAGUCACUUCACAUGUCCAGACACCAGUCCAUUUAAAAGACCAGUCACAAGUGAAAGGGUGAACGAUGAAACAAUAAUGCUUUUGUCAGUUCAUUUGAAUAGCUUGUUACUUUGCUACUCACUACGCUACUGGUGGUGGACGCAACCACACCAUGUUUUUGUGCCGUCAGGAAAAUAAGGGUUUUCAAAUAGGCGGUUGAGUGUGAACGUAUAGUAAGCACAGAGGAUGUUCCAUCAUGUAACUAUACUUACGCUGCGUAUGUUUCACAAUUACUCUUUUCUGAAUCUUUGUGUCAUUUUCACCAAAUGCUCAUUUUAAACGAGUAUUUCACUCAUUACGGCCGUUUAUAGGUACAAUGGAAGAUUGAGAAGCCUGAAAGGAAAUGAAAUGAAAAUUUGAAUGUCGCAAGACCAAGCAUUCCAUGAUACAAAUAUUUUGCGUUGUGGCGUAGAGUCAUUGCGUAAAUGUCACAGAAUAUCGAAAGGUUGAACUCCGUUCGUGCACAAGUAUAUGUAAGCUAGAUUUUGUAUUAUGGACUUGCAGUGAGUUCAGUCUUUUUUAAGGUAUUUGCAAAAAUUGGAACAAAGUUGCUGCUUACCUUUUCCCCUAUACUUGGACAUAUUUUAGAUUUACCUAUACAUGUGCCCCCCCCCCCAAAAAAAAGAAAAUUGGCUUUUUUGCAAUUCAUUGUUAAAAAUCUAACUACCCGUGGGUACGCAUUAAAGUAGGAUUUUUUCACAAGUCUUUUGUCGACACUUAGUAUUUGUAAAUAUUUACGUCGGUGAAGGGCAAAUCGCUUAAUAUAAAAUGGAUUGUAAUCGUCAUUAUUAAUAAGCUGUACCUUUGUUAUAUCGUGUCUUGGAUACUUUUAUUUCAUUGAUCUGCAACGGUGUGUUAUUGUAGUUUGUAUAAAUGAGUGCAACGUCGCUACUUUACGC